GUACUUCCAUACGGGGCAGAGCAAGCUGAUCGCGGGGAAGAUCAUCCCGGCCAUCGCCACCACGACGGGCGCGGUGGUGGGCCUGGCCUGCCUGGAGCUCUACAAGCUGGUCCAAGGUCACGCUCGCUUGGCCUCCUACAAGAACGCCUUCCUCAACUUGGCCUUGCCCUUCGUCGGCUUCUCCGAACCCCUCGCCUGCCCUCGCAACAAGUACUACGAGGUGGAGUGGACGCUGUGGGACCGUUUCGAGGUGCAGGGGCUGCAGCCCGACGGGCAGGAGAUGACCCUGCGCCAGUUCCUCGCCUACUUCAAGAAGGAGCACCGGUUGGAGAUCACGAUGUUGUCCCAGGGCGUCUCCAUGCUCUAUUCCUUCUUCAUGCCGAAGCCCCGCGAGCCCCACGGCCAACC